AUAUGGAAAAAUAUGGUUACGAUUACUAUCUUUGUCACUGUGUGAACUCUGGUCCAGGUGGAGGAGGUGGAGGACGUCGCCCGGAAUGUGCCCCAGAUAAUCCAAAUAGACCUCUAGACUGCCCAGAAUGUCCUCCCGAGGGAUGCAGAUCAACAACAAUGGAAACGGCUACUCGUCCCCCAAUGGAGAAUGUCACCACCUCUAACUCAAAAGGUACUAAACAAUUACAUGGACUGACGAGGGAAGAAAUCUCAAAAUUCACGGCGAGUUCAAAGCAUGGAGCAUCCGUCAGAGUUCACACCGAUGACCCGAUCUUAUUUCACAUUUCGGCGAGCGGUCUUCCGGACCAUGAGACACAGAGAGUCAACCCAAACACUCCCACAGCUCAGAACUACAACAUUACGAUUUUAAAAAAUCCCCAAGUUGUACCAGUGCCGGGAUGUGUGGGUCUGGGAAUGAUUGGGAUUACACGAACUGGUGUGGCCAUCUACAACCCUUUGGCAGGGGAGUUAACAAACGCUGUGGAGGGAUCAAAUCCCGAAACUUUUGAUGAAUGUGAUGGACAUGCAAGUCCAAAUGGCGCUUAUCAUUAUCAUAAAAUACCAGACAGUUGUUUGUAUAAAGGAGAAAUUGAUGAAUUCAUUGGAGUGGCUUUGGAUGGUUUUCCUAUCUAUGGACCAAGGGUUGGACUGUCAAAGAACAUUUCUGAAGCUGAAUUGGACAAGUGUCAUGGAAAAUUUGUCAAUGGAAGUUAUAGAUAUUAUGUUACAAAGAAAUUUCCAUAUUAUCUCGGUUGUUUCACAGGACUUGUUGUUAAUCAAGGAACUAUUACUUCUUACAAUUGUACUACAAACAUAUCACACUGGAACAUGGAAAACUACGGAUACGAAUACUAUCUCUGUCACUGUGUGAACUCGGGUCCCGGUGGUGGUGGAGGACAUCGGCCAGAAUGUGCCCCAGAUAAUCCAAACAGACCCUCGGACUGCCCACAAUGUCCCCCUGAGGGAUGCAGAUCUACAACAAUCGAUACAGCUACUCGAGCACCAAUCUCCACUACGAAAAGGGUAGUCCUACCAAAUGUUGUUGAUGGAGACAAUGCAGCUGGUCCUAUAGUGGCCGAAAUUUUGCCUUUUUUGUCUCUGUUUUCUGUCAUUCUGUUAUCUCUUUAAUUUGAUUCUUGUUGUAUGAGAACGGAUAUUUCAUCGCUAUAUUUCAUAAAAAAAAUGUUUAUUAAUUAAUAAGUACAUACAUUGUUGAAAAAGCAUUGUCAACCAUGCUUUCGUUCAUCAUUUAAAACCGUGUAGUGUAGGUUUUUGUUUUGUUUUCCACAAAUGAUAAAUAAUCUCAGCAAUGGAAAAAACUCUUUCCUGGUAGCUACCAGAGUGCUUUUAAAAUUGUACCAAGGAGCUGGAUUCCACUUUUACAAUGCAUUACCUUUAACAGCUAUGAAAUCGAUAAUUUCUAUAUAUUUAUAUAUUUUGUAAAGCAUUCCUUUUAAACAGUACUUAGGAGCUGGAUUCCUUUUCUGUGCUAAAUAUGUAUAUUCUUAUGAUUAAUGCAAAGUUUCAUAUUAAUCAGGACAGGCACGUAGUAUUGUUUUUGAAGGGGAAGGGAUGGAGGGGCAGCUAGAAAAAAACUGACAACUUAACUGGGAAACUUUGACCAAUCCAGCAAAUUCAAAGAAUUGUGGUCCCCCACUUUUGGUGUCUAGAGGUUAGGAUGCAAUUAUUUAUAGCAUAUUGUAACUGUCUUGUUUGUGCUCCCUGUUUUGUCUGUGCCUCAUACAAAAAGACAUAAAUUAUUGAAUUAAUAACAGCUAUGGCGAAGAUUAAAGCUUCUCAAAACUGCAUCAAACUUCAAGAUCAAGGUCGUGAGGUCAAAUAUCAUUAUAUAAUCCGAAAGAACUUGUCACAGGUGAUGCACUCAUGUGGAAAAAUUCCAAAAGCCUUAUCUCUUCUGGAGCCAUAGUUAUGGCCAAAGUUAAAAUGUUUGAUAAGUAUGUUAAAAUUCUAGGUCAAGGUCAUGAAAUCAAAAAAAUGAAAUAUCAUUUUGAAAGGUGUUGUCAUAUUAAUGUACAUCUUGAUGCCCUAUCUUCUCUCAUUCAAAAGUUUACCAAUGUAAAAUUAAUUUGAAAAAGGCUUUAGGUUAAACUUCAAGGACAACAAGGUCAGAAGGUUAAAAACCAGAGUACAUUCUAAAAGUCGUGAGAGAGGUAAUGCACAUGUCAAAUGUAAAUGCCUUAUCUUCUCUCAGUCAAAAGUUAUCAGCAAUGUUAAUAUUUUUUGAAAAUUAAGUCAUACUUCAAGGUCAAGGUCUUGGGAUUGAAAAGCACAUUUGAAAAUGCUUGUCACAGGUAAUACACGUGUCAAAUAUGAAUGUCCUAUCUUGCUCCCUCAAAACUUAUCAGCAAAGAUAUUAUGUUUGAAAAUUAGGUGAAACUUCAAGGUCACAUGGUCGAAUAUCAAAGCACGCUUGGAAAUUUUUUGACACAAUAAUGCAUGCGCACUUGUCUAAUAUGAACACCCUAUCAUUUCUCAUUCAAAAGACAUAAUUUUGAAGAUAAGUUCAAACUUGAAAGUCAAGGUCACGGGGUCAAAAAUCAUAGCAUAUUUAGAAACGUCUUGUAACAGGUAGUGGACAAGUAAAAUAUGAUAGCCCUAUCUUUUUUUUCAUUCAAAAGGUAUAAGCAAUGUUAAAUUUUUAAAAGUAGGUCAAGGUCACGGGGUAAAAAAUCAUAGCAUAUUUGGUAAGUUCUUGUCUCGGGUUAUGUAGAUGUGAAAUAUGAAAACCCUGUCUUUUUUAUUCAGAAGUUAUGAUCAAGGUUAAAGUUUGUUAAAAAUUUUGAAUUUGAAUAGUAGGUCAAACUUAAAGGUCACGGAGUCAAAGAUCAUAAUAUAUAUGGAAACGUCUUCUCACAGGUAAUAUACAUGUGAAGUAUAAAAAGCCUUAUCUUUUCUCAUUCAAAGGUUAUGACCAAAGGUAAAGUUUUUGAUUUUUUUUGAAAAGUAGGUCAAACGUUCAGGUCACGGAGUCAAAAAUCAUAUUUUGUUUGAAAAGGUGUUGUCAUUGGUAAUGUACAUGUGAAAUACGAAAGCUUUAUCUUUUCUCAUUCAAAAAUUAUGACCAAGGUUAAAGGUUUUUGUGACAGACAGACUGACAGAUGAAUGAAAUUCAAUGUCCCCUCGCUUUCGCGAAAGCGGAGGGAAAAGGGGAG